GGCAGAUCGGGAGCGGCGCAGAGAAAUUUCCUUACUAGAUGACAUUUCAUCGCAAUGUCCGAUCGUUUGGGGCAAAUAACCAAGGGAAAGGAUGGGAAAAGCAAGUACUCGACUCUCAGCCUGUUUGAUAAGUAUAAAGGAAAGUCAAUAGAAGCUAUCAGAACUACAGUUAUUCCUAGACAUGGCUUGCAGAGUCUUGGGAAAGUUGCUGCUGCCCGGCGCAUGCCACCUCCUGCAAACUUGCCUAGCCUGAAGUCUGAGAACAAAGGAAACGACCCCAACAUCAUUAUAGUACCCAAGGACGGUACAGGAUGGGCAAACAAGCAGGAUCAGCCAGACCAAAAGAGUUCCAGUGCGACGGCUGUACAGCUGCAGGAGUCGCUGCCGCAGCAGGGUUUGCAGAAAUCUGUCUCCAAUUUACAGAAGCCGACACAGUCAAUCAGUCAGGAGAGUACAAAUUCAGUGCCAGGUGGACCAAAGUCAUGGGCACAGCUGAAUGGAAAGCCAGCAGGACAAGAAGGUGGUUCAAGGGCCUCAAGCCGACUGUUAUCCUUCUCUCCCGAGGAAUUUCCGACGCUGAAAGCAGCUGGCGAGCAGGACAAGGUUGGCAAAGAAAAGGGCGCCUUAGAUCCGUCGUAUGGGCCAGGACCAAGCCUCCGCCCCCAGAAUGUCACCAGUUGGAGGGAGGGCGGUGGGAGGAACAUAACCUCUGCCAUAUCUCUGACCGCCUCCCCUGCUGAGCUGGGCAGCAAGACCUCUAGCACCGGAGACGGAGCCCCCUCCUCAGUGAGUGCCAGCGAUCCGAAGGAGCCGUCUCUCCGCCCAGCUCAGCCUGUCCGCAAAGGGGCUUCACAGUUCAUGGGAAACGUCUACCAACCACCUACAUACCAUGACAUGCUACCCGCUUUUAUGUGUCCACAACAGCCAUCUGAGGCCCCUGCAUCGCUGGACCGAGGGUCUUUCCCCGUUCCUCAGCUUCGGCUGGAGCCUCGGGUACCUUUCAGACAAUACCAGAUGAAUGACCAGGAUGGAAAAGAGAACAGGCUUGGCCUGUCUCGCCCAACACGUCCAGUUCGGCAGCAAGUAGAGAGAGCUCCUCGACCCACCAUUAUCAACGCAGAGAACCUAAAGGGGCUGGAUGAACUAGACACUGACGCAGAUGAUGGAUGGGCGGGCAUUCAUGAUGAAGUGGAUUACUCUGAGAAACUAAAGUUUAGUGAAGAUGAGGAAGAGGAAGAAACUCUUAAAGACGGACGACAGAAGUGGAACAACUGGGAUCCCAGAAGGCAGCGACAGUUGUCCCUGAGCUCCGUGGACAGUGCAGAUGUUAAACACACCGUGGAGGAAGGAAAGAAUUGGGGUGACUCAGCUGGCUUGUCCCGGCCAGUCCGGAAAGUGCAGGAUUCCCAGCAGCCUCCAAGGAAGCUGAAUGGCUGGAGCUCUGCAUCUGAAUACCAGAAGCCCACAGGAGGAAGUAUUCUCAGACAGCAGUCCCUUGAGGAUAAAGAAGAAAAGGUGCCACUGAGACAGAAGUUUGUGCACUCUGAGAUCUCUGAGGCUGUCGAGAGAGCCAGGAGACGACGGGAGGAGGAGGAGCGGCGAGCCAGGGAGGAGCGUCUGGCAGCAUGCGCUGCAAAGCUGAAGCAACUUGAUCAGAAAUGCAAACUGGCUCAGAAGAGCGGGGAGACCCAGAAACACACGGAGAAUGAAGACCUGCGACCCCCCAACACAGAGAAAAAUACUGUACAAGAGAAUGGUCAUGCUUUCCGUAGAGCAACCCCCGAAUUUCACACACAGGAUGUCUCUGUUGGCUAUCUGGAAGAGGAGACUCCUGCCCCAGCAGCAGCCCAAAGCAGCAGCGAGGAGGAGCUCAGAGAAGCUCCCUCCCCAGCACAGGAAUUCAACAAAUACCAGAAGUCUCUUCCCCCACGAUUCCAGAGGCAGCAGCAGCAACAGCAGCAGGAGCAGCUGUACAAGAUGCAGCACUGGCAGCAGCAGCAAGUCUAUCCUCCUCCAUCCCAUUCCCAUCCCCAACGGACGUUCUACCCGCCACACCCCCAGAUGCUUGGCUUUGAUCCUCGCUGGAUGAUGAUGCCCUCUUACAUGGACCCUCGCGUGGCCCAGAGUCGCACCGCCGUGGAUUUCUACCCUUCAGCCCUUCACCCUUCAGGUAAGGUAUUUUCUGUGUUUCCCUUUGUCAUGGCUGUUGAAUUGGUCUGUAUCUGAAUUAUUAAUAACUGUCAGGCAGGGCAGGCAGAAAGGAAAGCUGCUCCCUUGGACCCUGUGCCAGUGUGGGGCCAGGAGAGCUACACGUCUCUGCAGAGCAAAGGGUACUCGCUAUCACAUCAGAAACAGGCUGACAGCAUGACCAUGGAGGGGCUGCAUGCCAGGAAUGACAGUUACUCUGCUUCUCCUGGAAGGCCGGAGAGUCUGAGCACCCACCGAGAUCUCUUUGAGGAGAGAAGGGAGGAGUACUUGAAUGCUUUUGACAAGAAGGCCCAAGCAGACUUUGACAGCUGCCUGUCUUCUCAGAGGAUAGGUCAAGAUCUCUUGUUUCAGCAUCAGGAGACUGUGCAGGAAACCUGUACUUCUGGCAACCGCCAUGCAAACUUGAGGUGUUCGCCCCUAGAGCCUGAUUUUAUCCAAGCAGAGAAGAAGCCUGAAUAUAAUGGCUGGGAUAUCAGCCACCAUCAGAAACCUGCAGAGACUGCAGCAGAAGUUGCUGAAGAAGUGCCCAGGGAUGAGCAGUCAUUCAGUACUGACCCGUGGAAGAAGGAAGGAACUAAUACCAAACAGCCCACUGAAGAGACAACAGAGUGGGCUCCUGAGAACCGAAGCACCAGCAGUCAGCACCAAGAGCAAAUGGGGAGGACAAGGCGAUCAGGCCCAAUUAAAAAACCAGUCCUGAAAGCCCUCAAGGUGGAAGAGAAGGAGAAGGAGAUGGAGAAGGUUAAACUGGAGGGAGAGGACACCUCACGCCCACUGAAGGAGAAAGCGGCUGUUCAGAAAGUAGAAAAUGAGUCAGAUGAUUCCGCAGCCUUACUGAACUCCACGUGCUAUCUGCUGGAUGACAAAGGUUCUUCCCAAGCCAGCGUUGCCCGAGAGGCUGAGAAAUCCCAAGAGGAAGAAGAGGAGGAUGAGGAGGAAGAGAAGCCAGAAAGAACGUGGGAAAACAAGCUAUCCAGAGAGCCUGGUGAUCUACCUCCCACAAAAAGAAACAACUGGAUCUUCAUUGAUGAGGAGCAGGCCUUUGGUGGGAGAGGUCAAGGACGUGGGCGAGGGAGAGGCUUUAGAGAGUUCACUUUCAGAGGCCGAGGCACUGUUGUGGGCAGCCGGGGAGUCUACAACAACCAGCGGAGCAGCCGAGGGCGAGGGCUUCGUGAGUUCAACCAGCCGGAGGACUUCCUCAGAGGCAAGCCAAGGCGCCGGAUUGCAAGUGAGACGCACAGUGAAGGGUCAGAAUACGAGGAGCUCCCCAAGCGUCGCCGGCAGAGGGGCUCAGAAAACGGCAAUGAAGGCUCUGUGCUGGACAGAGAGGACAGUGAUUUGAAAAAGGGAGACUUCAAAGAGUCUUGGAGAUCCAACAAAAUCUAUUCAGAUGAUCACACUAGUCUGGAUCCUAAGAUGAGGGCUCCAAGAGCUUUUGGGAGAUCGCUGCCACCAAGACUGAGCAACUCUGGCUAUGGGCGAAGGGGUUUCAUGGGUAAGGAGCCCACCCAGUGGCAAGGCAGGAGUGGAGGAGCAGGGUGGCAGGAGUACAGCCACACCUCUCCAUCAGAUGCUUUUGGGAGCAGGCAGCAGCCUGACAGGGACUACAUUCAGGAUUCUUACAAACACGUGGAUUCCUUCUCCGGACGGGUUUUUGACGAGAGUCAUCUGGAUGACAAAAGGCACUUUUUCCAGGAGGAUUACUCAGCAGAUCAGGAGAACAUAGAAAACAGGCCCUUCAGGAGGCGGCGUCCUCCUCGCCAAGACAAGCCUCCACGAUUCAGGCGCCUCAGGCAAGAGAGGGAAUCGGUUGGCCAGUGGAACCCCGAGGAGGGAGGCCCCAACUUGCUGCCCAGCCAGUGGCCUGGAAGACCCAAGCUGACCACCGCAGAGAAGAGCAACAUCUCGGGCAGACGGUCUCCUGAGCUGUCCUACCAGAACUCAUCGGACCAUGCCAACGAGGAGUGGGAGACAGCAUCUGAAAGCAGUGACUUCAGCGAGCGGCGGGAGAGGCGAGAUGGCGUUUCGGAGAGUGAAGGCCAGCUGGAGGGUGGUCUUGGGAGUGGGAGCUUGGGAGAGAAGAGGGAGCUAGCGAAGAGGAGCUUCUCAAGCCAAAGACCUCUUGUCGACAGGCAGAGCCGCAAGGCUGAGCCAGCAGGGUUUGUGGAGCAGUCUGUCCGGACUGGUGUAGGAGCGGCUUCCAGAUAUGAGACCCAGCAGAACGGGGCACUGAUAAAAAGCAAAAGGUCUCCAGAAGAAGGAGGGGGCCUUGGCAAUACCAAUGGUGGAAGCAGCCACUCCAUUUACGGCUUGGAUAGGGCCUCCCAUGCCAACUCGGAAAGUGCUGAGGGGCCAGGUAAAAAGCCAGAGAAGGAGCCCAAAGCCACUGCGCAAAGAGCAAGUGAAAAGGGAGAGGCCUUGUCACAGUUUGAACUGAGUUAUGGAAGUACCAUCAUCGAUAAUCGAGUGUCGAACACAGCGGAAGAGAAUGAAGUAGGUUCUAUGGCAGGUGAAGGCUUCAUUGAGGUUCUUACUAAAAAGCAGCGUCGUUUGCUGGAAGAGGAGCGAAGGAAGAAAGAACAGGCUGCUCAGGCACCAGCUAAGGCCCGAGUCCUUCAGUCUCGCAUUCCUCCUCGAUUUGCUAAGAAGCAGAACAGCUUGUGCUUGGAGCAAAGUGAUGUAACAGUGUCUGGAAACAGCCUGGGCACAGAGAUCUGGGAGAGCAACAGCCCGGCUCUUUCUGUUCAGUCUCCUGGCAGUGAUUCCUGGAGCAAGCCUGUAAAUACUUUUAAUGGUACUGAAUCUAACACCACUGAGCAGGGUUUUAAAGGCAGCCAGGGGGAUAGUGGCAUUGACUUGAGCGCGGAGUCUCGGGAAUCCUCCGCUACCUCCUCUCAGCGCAGUUCUCCAUAUGGCACCCUCAAACCAGAGGAGAUGAAUGGGGCUGGCCUGGUGGACCCAAAGCCUGACUGCCAGAAGGAGCAAGUGCAGAAGCAAUCUGAUAAAAAGGAUUCAGAUCAAGGCUCAGGACAGAACAAGGAACACAAGCCUGGACCAAUCGGCAACGAACGCUCCCUGAAAAACAGAAAGGGUUCGGAGGGAACGGAACGGCUGGAAGGGAAUAUUCCCCCUGUUAACGGGGUGGAAAUUCACGUGGAUUCUGUACUUCCUGUGCCACCCAUUGAAUUUGGAGUAAAUCCUAAAGACUCUGACUUCAGCUUGCCACCUGGUUCUGCCUCUGGCGCUGCAGCUAACCCUGUCACCAAAUUGCAGGAUGCCUUGGCCAGUAAUGCAGGGUUGGCACAGUCCAUUCCCAUUCUGCGAAGAGAUCAUCACCUCCAGCGGUGUAUCGGCCUGAACCCAAUGUCCUUCCCCACUGCAGACCUUACUCUGAAGAUGGAGUCUGCUCGUAAAGCCUGGGAGAACUCUCCUAGUUUACCAGAACAGAACUCUCCAGGGGGCGCGGGCUCAGGCAUCCAGCCUCCUUCCAGUGUUGGAGCUUCCAAUGGUGUCAGCUACAGCUCUUUUGGUGGAGUUUCUAUGCCUCCUAUGCCUGUGGCGUCCGUAGCACCUUCUGCAUCUAUGUAUUUAACAGAUUACCAACAGUUCAGCCAAGACGCAAACAGAAACCGUCUCACCACUGUGGAGAGUAACCAUAUUCCACCGCUGUAUCUGGAUGGCCAUGUGUUUGCAAGUCAGCCACGACUGGUCCCUCAGACGAUACCUCAGCAGCAAAGCUACCAACAGGCUGCUGCUGCUCAACAGAUUCCCAUUUCCCUCCACACAUCCUUACAGGCCCAAGCUCAGCUUGGGCUGAGGGGUGGUCUGCCUGUUUCUCAGUCCCAGGAGAUGUACAGCUCCAUACAGCCCUUCAGGUCUCAGGUGUAUAUGCACCCCAGUCUGUCUCAACCUAGCACCAUGGUCCUGACGGGAGGCACUGCUCUGAAGCCUCCGUAUUCCGCCUUCCCAGGCAUGCAGCCCUUGGAGGUGGUGAAAACCCAGUCUGGGUCCCCCUAUCAGCCCAUGAAUGGAAGCCAGACGCUGGUUUAUGAAGGCCAGAUAAACCAGGCGGCUGGUAUGGGAGCUUCCCAGAUGAUGGACUCUCAGCUUACACAGCUAACAAUGCCUGUGCCUGGCUCCCAGCUUCCUCUGCCCCGCUAUGGCUCUGGCCAGCAGCCCCUGAUUCUACCGCAGUCCAUCCAGCUCCCUCAGGGGCAAAACCUGCCUGUAGGAGCUCCUCGAAGAAUCCUCCCUCCUGGAUCCCAGCCUUCUGUUCUUGGUGCCAGCAGGGAGUCCUCCCAGAUGGAAAUGAAAGGGUUUCAUUUCUCCGAUGGUAAACAGAGUCUGUCCUCCGGCGGGUCUGUACCGUCACCACAUACGUACAGGCCUAGCUCUGCCAGCCCAAGCGGGAAGCCAUCUGGACCAGCAGUUAGUAUGGGCUCUGUGCAAGGACACUAUGUACAACAGGCAAAGCAGCGGGUGGAUGAAAAUAAAGCCAAUCUGGGAGCAGUAAAGCUGCAAGAAACAGCCUCCACAAACCAGAUGAAGCCAGUGCGCACAGGAGCGAUCAAACCUCAGGCAGUCAAAGUGGAGGAAAGCAAGGCCUAGGAGCACCUCUGAUGCCCAGCUGGUCCCGCUGCCGGAGAGGCACUGCAGCUUGGACUGGACCCCGCUGGAUCUCCUGAAAAUCUCACCAGAUCUACUCCCUGCCCCACAUUGACUGACUACAGCGAUGUCACCCAAGCCCCUCUCCCAACAAAGCAGUUUGAAACAGUGGAUAUGACAUUGACCUGCUUGCUUUAAAACAAACAGCCAUUUUUUAUUUUUUUUCUUUCUCCCCCGUGCCCCAUCCACAGGUAGCUGUGAUUGCUCACUUCGCAAUGCCCAUCCUUCUCCUUCCCUACUUCUGUCUCAGCAGAGUGGCAACUGGGGGAGGGGGGUUAGUUUGAGGUUUUUCAUUUUAAAGGCAGCUGAGGUUUUUACGAAAAAAGCUAUAUCUUUGUUUAUAGCAGAACUUUUAUAUGUUCUUUCAAUUUUUCCCCCCCUUAUUUCUGCUUUCUUCAGUCCUUCCAGAAGAGAAUUCCCUUCAGCUAAAAUUAUGUUCUGACAAAA